GAGAGAGAGAGAGAGAGAGAACUUAAAAUACCAAACUAAAAAUUAAAUAAAUAUUUUAAUAAAUUAAAUAUUUUAACUCUAUUGUGUAGAGUUGGUUAUUCAGUUUUCAAUGUGUGUAUACAGGCUGCGUUUCGAAAAAAGAUAAAGAAAUUGAAAGAAAUGGAAACGAAAAAGCGUGAAAGUUGGGAAACCGAAGAAACGAGAUAUUUUCUCAAAUUAAUAAAAGAACGGCAAGUAAUGAAAACUUUAGAUGGAAAAAGGUUUCGGGCAGAUGACAUUUUCAAACAUUUAGAAUUGCCCAUGAACGAAAAAGGUUAUAACAAGACGUCAAAGCAAAUGCAGACUAGAUUUAGAACUGUGAGACUGCAAUAUAACAAAAUCCGAAGACAAAUGGGAAAAAGUGGAGCUGGCAACUGCAUGUCCUUAUUUCCAUAUGCAGAAGAAAUGGGCCAACUUUUGGAUUUUCGUCCUAUUGCUAUAGGAGAUGUUGUAGACAGUACACCAUUACAAGAUCUCUCUAAGAACAAUGAUUAUAGUUAUUCAAGCAAUAGUAUUUACGAAGAUGAACCAGAUCCACGAGACGGCGCUGUCCUAGGAUGUUCGUCGACAUCGAACAAUAACUGUACAACAGAAUAUAGAUCAGAAGAUUCGCCAAGCGAUACAAAUACCGUAAAUCUAAGUACAGUUAAUAGUUCUAUACCUGCAAAGAAACGUAAAGUGAGCAGAUCAAAUGAAGCUGUUACUUUGAGAUAUGCGGAUAAAUUAAAAGAAAACUAUGAAGAAGUUCAAAGCAAAAUUAUGACAGAGAAUCGAUGCUUUAUUCAAUCGUUAAUGGAAUCCGAAAAACAGUUAGAAAAAGAAAUAAUUAACAAUAUGCUUGAAAGCCAAAGAAGUAUUUUAAAAGAAACAACUAAUCAAUUGUUAACUGGCUUGCAAAAUAUUUUCGCUUCUAUAGUUCCGACUCAACAUUCCACAGUUUCAGUUCCUACAGUAAACCCAAUCGUUCAAAGUCCCUUUGUAAUGUCUCCAGUUCAUUAUUCCUCUCCAUUCUCGCCGCCUAAUCUUAAUUCGGAAACUUUUCAUCCUUCAAGCCCUUUUCCUAAAAUAUUAUUAAAUUUAAAACAGCUAGCUUCGAAGACAGCUAAAAAUGUCCAACAAACUAUUUCUAUAGAGAAACAUCCACAAGCUGAAAAUAAAGAUCCUAUUCCCAUACAAUCAUUACUCAACGUAACAUCGCAAGACUCGCAAAAUCUAAACUGAAGAUUGAAUAUUCAGAAUUCUUUAUAAUUUCCAGAAACUAACAAUAAGAACACUAAUUAUAUCUAAAAAUAAUUUAAAAAGCUAAAAAUAAAUUAAAAGCAAAAGUUUCGUUAAAAUUUUAAAGAUUUUUUGUUUAUUAAUAUUAUUAUUAUUAAAAUGUAAUAUUUUGUUUUAUUUAUCGCAUUUAAUUAUAAAUUAAUGCUAUUUCUGAAUAAGCUAUAUUUAUGUACUAACUGCAGCUGCGUUCCGAAAUUUACUGUACAGUACUCAAGUUUAUAGUACACGUGACAUAAAUUAUAGAUUUUCAAUAUUAGCAGUGAAUUUCGGAAGGCAGCCUGUACUGUAAUUUUUCUAAUAAGUUGUUCUGAUUAAAAUGUGAUUAUUCUAAUAAGUUGUACUGAUUAUACUGUGAUUUUUCUAAUAAGUUAUACUGAUUGUACUGUGAUUAUUAUAAUAAGUUGUACUGAUUGUACCCUGAUUAUUAUAAUA